CCCCCGCUAGCUCACCAGCUCUCCACCAAGAGCUACCAAACGCCCUGCUUUAAUUUUAAUCAUCGCCGCUGUUGCUUCUCCCACGCGCGUUCCACGUACAUCGCUCGUUUUUCUUGCGCCUAGUAGUCUGUCUGCCCGCCAGAUCUGCAUCCGCGGAGAUGAAGAUCACGGUACGGGGAUCGACGGUCGUGGUGCCGGCGGAGGAGACGCCGCGGCUCCGGCUGUGGAACGCCAACCCGGACCUGGUCGUGCCGCGGUUCCACACCCCGAGCGUCUACUUCUUCCGGCGCGGCGCGGGGGAGGAGGAGGCGGACCGCUACUUCGACGCGGAGCGGAUGCGCCGGGCGCUGGCGGAGGCGUUGGUGCCCUUCUACCCGAUGGCGGGGCGGCUGGCCCGCGACGAGGACGGGCGCGUGGAGAUCGACUGCAACGCGGAAGGGGUGCUCUUCGUGGAGGCCGACGCGCCCGACGGCACCGUCGACGACUUCGGCGACUUCGCGCCCACCAUGGACCUCAAGCGCCUCAUCCCCGCGGUCGACUUCACCGGGGGCAUCUCCUCCUACCCGCUCCUCGUGGCCCAGGUGACCCACUUCAAGUGCGGAGGCGUCGCCCUCGGCAUAGGCAUGCAGCACCACGUCGCUGACGGCUUCUCCGGCCUGCACUUCAUCAACUCAUGGGCCGACCUCUGCCGCGGCGUGCCGAUUGCCGUCAUGCCGUUCAUUGACCGCACCCUCCUCCGCGCACGCGACCCGCCGACCCCGUCCCACCCGCACAUCGAGUACCAGCCCGCGCCCGCCAUGCUGGACUCGGAGGAGCCGCAGGCCCUCACCGCCAAGCCGGAAGCGCCACCCACGGCUGUGGACAUCUUCAAGCUGUGCCGCGCCGACCUCGGCCGCCUCCGCGCCCAGCUCCCCACGGGCGAGGGCGCGCCGCGGUUCAGCACCUACGCGGUGCUCGGGGCGCACGUGUGGCGGUGCGCGUCCCUGGCCCGUGGCCUGUCCCCAGAGCAGCCCACCAAGCUGUACUGCGCCACGGACGGGCGGCAGCGGCUGCAGCCCGCGCUCCCGGAGGGCUACUUCGGCAACGUCAUCUUCACCGCCACGCCGCUCGCGGUGGCGGGCAAGGUGACUGGCUCGCUGGCGGACGGCGCGACCACGAUCCAGGCGGCGCUGGAGGUGAUGGACAACGAGUACUGCCGCUCGGCGCUGGACUACCUGGAGAUGCAGCCUGACCUGUCGGCGCUGGUCCGCGGCGCGCACACGUUCCGGUGCCCCAACCUCGGGCUCACCAGCUGGGUGCGCCUGCCCAUUCACGACGCCGACUUUGGCUGGGGCCGGCCCGUGUUCAUGGGCCCCGGCGGCAUCGCGUACGAGGGGCUCGCCUUCGUGCUCCCCAGCGCCAGCCGCGACGGCAGCCUGUCGGUGGCCAUCUCGCUGCAGGCCGAGCAUAUGGAGAAGUUCCGGAAGAUGAUCUUUGACUUCUGAUCAAAGGAAUAAAACAAGCGUCCAGCGCGCAACGCAGAAACAAACAAGCAGCACCGGAGUAAUUGUAGGAUGCAGCAAUGAUUCUUUGAUUACACACGUAGUUCCUGCACGUUUUCCCUUCCCUCUUUCCACUUUGGGCAAGACGAAUUUUGUGCAUCUUUAUCAAAUUUCCGACAAAUGUAUCUAUUUAAUGAACAUGUCAAUGCAUGCAAACAUAUGAAGUUUUUUC